UAUUGGUCCAGCAAGUGUAUGUAAGGUAUUUACACAGCCGAUCACAGUCAAAUGGUUUAGGUUUAAGUAUAUUGAUUUUUGUGGAAAGUAUUUAAGUAUAGAGGGUACUUUGAUAUUCGACUACCUUGAUAUUAAGGGAGUGUCAAAUUUUAGCUAUCACCAAAUUUAGCUAGGAGAAUGCGUUUUAAACCAAAAUACUGAUUUGGAUACAUUAUAUUCCCGCGAUGUUGUAUUUAAUGGAUAUAGCUGGCCGAAUGGAAUGAGCUGGUAAACCAAGAAUCAACUCGAAAUCUGGAGUUAUAUAUUAUAGCACUUCUAGCUAUUGGUAAAGUUCUGAUUGUUUAAUUACGACAGUAAAAUCUUAAACAAAAUAUGCUGGAAGAAGUUUGAAAACGUUUAGCUGUCAACCCCACGUCUGAAGAUAAUCGAAUAUAAGAUACAACUGCCAGUGCUACGUCAAACUUUAACAUUUAAAAAGCGACGUUAACCGACAAAAUGGCGUUGCAGCUAGUCGUAUUUUGCGUCCUUAUCAAGUGUAUAUUAGGACUUGCUCAAAUCCAACAAGCGGUUUGGAUGGCUCAAGACUUCAAAGUAGACACGGUUGGUCUCGACAAAAUCGAAUUCACAUUUAUGAAUCGGACUGUAUAUAACGAGGAAGGGGCAAUGUUUAUGUACAUCUUUCCGACCAGCUUCAAAGUUAUACAUUACAUAACAGAUAGAGCAACGUCAGAAAACGUUGGUGUUGAUUAUAUACAGGAUGAGGGUACCAAACACUAUGUAACAUUAGGCAAACUUUUCCCCCAAACGAACUAUACAAUAGAGAUAAAAUCCUGUCACUUCGAGUGUGAAUGUUUGGUGUCAAACACAAAUGAUGGCACUAAUUUGGACCCAGGUCUAAUGGAUUUGAACUCGGAUUGGCAGGCGUCGGGGGAGGGAGCUAUUCCAAUCCUCUUAGAUGAUACAGUGUGUCCAAUAUAUAUGAAAGUCUCUUCAACAAUAAUUACAGCUGAUUGUCCAAAUGGUACGUUCUUUGAAGAGAAAAAUCGUCGCUGUUUGGACUGCCCACUUGGAAAAUAUACAGACGAACCCGGGCUGUUAAAGUGUAAACCGUGCCCAACUCACUGGUCGACCUACGACCCAGGGGCUACUGAAAAAUACAACUGUACUAGAGUUUCAUGUCCUCCUGGUCAUUACUACGAUCCCGAUAGACAGUGGCCAUAUAGCCCCUGUGCCCCAUGCCCAUGGAAUACUUAUAUGGAAGAUAUGGCUCAUGAUAAUCCACAAUGCACGGAAUGUCCGUUGAACACGUAUACAAUCCAAAGGGGAAGAGGGAGUCAAGCUGAUUGCUUAGACACCCCUGUAAUCAAUAGUAUUAUCCCUGCAUAUGGACCGAUCGCUGGAGGAACAGAUGUGACAAUCGAGACUGCGAAUCUCGAUACAUCAAGACGAGCAGACUAUAGGGUGUUCAUUGGUGACCACAUUUGCAAAAUAUCAAGUGUUGCACCAGAUACCAUCAUUUGCACAACAGACCCAGAUAUGUUCAUACAGGCAUACGAAACGCGUCCCGUGCGUAUUAAUCUACAAAAUCAAAAUAUAAGUACAGAGGCGCAAUUUGAGUUUGAAUACCUGCCUAAUCCAAAUAUAACAGGAGUUCAGAACCUUGACACUAUUUUAAGAGGUGGUACGCAGUUGUUGGUGAUAGGAGAGUAUAUAGAUUCCGUUUAUGCUCCAAGCAUUCAGAUAUAUGUUACAUCUGGAGAUGGUGAUGAUACCACGUUGGAAUCAACAUGCACAGUACUUAACACAAACGAAAUGCAAUGUCCAAUACCAGACCUCACCCAAGCGGAUGGUAUAUCAGAUGACAUUGACUCAGAUAAAAGUGUAAAUGACGAACUUGGGCAUAAAUUUGAAAUUGGUUUUGGAUUAGAUGGUUACACAAAAUUCAGGAAUCUGACGGAAGCUCUGCCACAGUAUGCCCAACUUGUAGUGUAUGCGAAUCCAGUAUAUUAUGCCUUUACAGAGAUAGAUGAAGUUAAGGAGUUUGAUCCUUCUUCUCGGCUUCAGAUAGACAUUGCGGGUAGUAGACUUGACCUUGGAGUAAAUAAAGAUGAUAUAGAGGCGGCUGUUAUGGUAAACAUUGGAAAUGGCACGUGUACUAUUGUUAAUAUUGUAUACAAUAAGUUAACUUGCGAACCACCAGCCACAAUGCCUGAACACAGUCAAGUUAUUGGACCAGAUUUAAGUCAUGAAGUCAGCGUAAAGCAUGGGAACAUUGAAUUUGCCAUAGGUUUCCUUGACUACCCAGACUUAAAAUGGUAUGAAGACUGGAGGAUACUCGGUGGAAUCAUAGGCGGGGUUGUUCUGUUUAUAAUCAUCAUUACUGUAUUGUGCAUUUACUCUGCGAGGCGACGUAAUGCGAGGAAAAGGAAUAAAGGACGUGGAUCUCUUGGAUCGUUGAGCGGAUUGGAUGGCCCAUAUAAUAGCAAUCGCAAUGGCCAUGAGAGGGCAAACUCACAUGGCUAUGUAGCUCCCGGAUAUGGUGUUCCUGAUGGAUAUGCUCCACCCCUGCCUUCUUCUGGAUUUCUGCCUGCCACAUCCGACCUGGUUAGAAUGGAGACAAUAGAAAAACAGAACCUGCUACAAGGCUUGGGGGAAGAACUCAGGGCCAACGUCGAGGAUGUACUCAUGGAAGAAGACCGAUUGAAAAUUGAAAGACCCAUAGGAAAAGGCCAAUUUGGCCAAGUGUACAGAGGCUCUCUUGUGGAUCCUAACGGUCAAGCACCAAUGGUUGUGGCUGUAAAAACUCUUCAUGUUAGGCAUCAUAUUGGUUCAGAUGCUAGCUUUAAAGACAUCACAGGUUUCCUCGAGGAAGGUUUGCUCAUGAAAGACUUUGAUCAUAUCAAUGUAUUGCGACUCAUUGGAGUCAUAAUCGAAGCAGCAAAACAGAGACCUCUAGUUGUAUUACCAUAUAUGGAAUUGGGAGAUCUCAAGGGUUACAUAACCAAAGCAGAUAUACAAAUUACUGUGCGAGACUUACUUGGUUAUGGGUUCCAAGUUGCCAAGGGAAUGGCCUAUCUUGAGGGCAGAAAGUUCGUCCAUAGGGACUUGGCAACGAGAAAUUGCAUGUUGAAUGAGACCGGUAUUGUGAAGAUUGCGGACUUUGGAUUGUCUCGGGAUAUAUAUGAAACUGAGUACUACAAAGUGGAGGAUAGGGGUCGCCCACUACCAGUAAAAUGGAUGGCUAUUGAAGGACUGGCAGAAGGCAGAUUCACCUGUAAAAGCGAUGUGUGGUCUUAUGGAAUAGUCCUGUGGGAGUUGAUGACUCGGGGUUCUUCGCCAUAUCCCGGUGUAGCUAACUUCCAAGUCAAAGACUACAUCAGCCAGGGACACCGUAUGUCUAAGCCAGAACAUUGCCCUAUAGAAAUCUAUGAUAUAAUGAGGAUGUGUUGGAUCGAGGAUCCCAACGAAAGACCAACAUUUAAGGAUUUAUGUGAGACAUUAAGUAACUUACUCACUGACAACGGCGUACCGACUGAAACGCCCGAUUACAUGGUAGUAGUGGAAUCAAAGAAGUAACGUCCCGACAUUGACACAUCGUUUUAUGAUCUAAGUGCGUGAUUCACGUGUGGAGCGUUGUUAAUCACAAAAAAGUUGUUUGUAAUUGUGCAGCAAUUAGGGGAGAAUUUUCCAUUUAGUGAGUGAUCCAAACGAUGCCCUUGACUAAAUUAGCUUAUGCAAUUUACUUGUAUGGACAGUGGUGUAAUAUACUUUUAGUAUAUCGACAAUCAUCUGAGAGUGCAUAGACAUUCGCAACUUCAAGAAUUAAUAAUCCAUGUACACUUGAACGUAAACGGCUCAAUCAAAUGUAAAGUGAAUGGAUUAAUAUUAGUGCGCUAGGAUAGAAAAGCAAUAUCAUAGAAAAUGCGUCGGCAAAGAUACUGCAUAAAUUCAUCAGAAAAUUCUAGAUUAAAGAUACAGAGGUCAAUUAGAAUUAGAAUUGAUCGAAUCAAAGUACUUCUGGAUUAAAGUCUUACAUAAUAUGCAUGAGCUUGAAGCAUCAUAAAUAAAAUGAGUUAUACCUUAAUUGAUGAGUUUGAUGACACACUCGAUUCUUUCCCAAUAGGAACAUUCAUGUACAUGUGUGUACAUACCAAUGUAGAUAGGACAUACCCAAGAAGAUAUUCACUGGUUGAAUAUUUUGAUAUUCAUGAGUCAAUAUUUGUAUGAGAGAUAUGAAUAUUUUUGCUGUAACUGAAAAAGUAGUAGCGCGAUUUUGUCCACAUUUGAUAUG